CGCGCUACCGCGUCUGUGACUCGGCUGAUAAAAGGAAAGAAAGUGUCUAAACAGACAGAAAAACUCUUUGAUUGAUCCAAAGAUGGCGUUUAUUAAAGAGGAGAGUAAAGACAUGACGAUUGAAGAAACAUUCAGAGUCAAACAUCAAGAAACUGAGGAACAAACAGACCUGAUGGCGCUGAAAGAGGAGAGUCAAGAACUGAAUGAAACCGAAGAGAAAUGGCAUGAUUUCAAACCUGGAGAAAAAUUGAUUGGUUGCUCACAGAAUGAAAAUAAUUCAACACCAAAAAGAGCUAAAAAAACAAAAACUGCAAACCAUAAUUCCCAGAUGAGAAUUCACACUGGAGAGAAACCUUUCACCUGCAAACGGUGUGGAGAGAUUUUCAGUCAAAAAGAAAGCCGUAAAGUCCACAUGAAAAUUCACAUUGAAGAGAAACGGUUCAUAUGCUGUCAGUGUGGAAAGAGUUUUACACGGGAAAGUCACCUUAACACCCACAUGAGAUAUCAUACUGGAGAAAGACCAUUCACCUGCAAACUGUGUGGGAACAGUUUCACACAAAAAGGACAUCUCAAGACUCACAUGACAGUACACACUGGAGAGAGACCACACAUAUGUAUUCAGUGUGGAAAGUGUUUUACACAGAAAAAAAACCUUAAGCUUCACAUGAGAAUUCACACUGGAGAGAAGCCUUACACCUGCAAACUGUGUGGGAUGAGUUUCAUACGAAUCGGAGGUCUUAAGAAUCACAUGAGAGUUCAUACUGGAGUGAAACCUUACACCUGCAAAGAGUGUGGAAAGAGUUUUACACAGAAAAAAAACCUCACUGUCCACAUGAGAAUUCACACUGGAGAGAGACCGUUCAUAUGUGUUCUGUGUGGAAAGAGUUUGAAACAUAAAGAGAGUCUAAAGUAUCACAUGAGAAUUCAUACAAGAGAGAACGGUUUUAAAUGUCAUCAGUGCGAAAGGAGAUUUACAGACACAAAUCACCUUCAGGAUCAUGUUCAAAUUCACAUCGGAGAAAAACCUUUCAUGUGCCAUCUCUGUGGAAAGAAUUGCUCAAAAGAUAACCUGAAGGUUCACUUGAGAGUUCACACAGGAGAGAAACCUUUUACUUGCCCUCAGUGUGGAAAGUGUUUCACAGCAAAAAGGAAUCUUAAGAUGCAUGAGAAUUUACACAGGAGAGAGAUACAUACACAUUUCUAAGCAAACGGAAACCUAAUUUGCAAACUCAUUCUACAUUUACAUUUAUUCAUUUAGCUGACGCUUUUAUCCAAAGCGACUUACAAUUGCUAUAUAUGUCAGAGGUCGCACGCCUCUGGAGCAACUAAGGGUUAAGUGUCUUGCUCAGGGACACAUUUGUGUCUCACAGUGAAUUUGAACCCGGGUCUCUCACACCAAAGGCAUGUGUCUUAUCCACUGCGCCAACACCACCCGGUUCUGGUAAGAAGUUGCAGUUUUCCUCAGAGUGACGAGGUUUAAAAAAAAAAAAAGGAACUGAUUUUUUGGAUUACCCCAUUCUCAUUUCCUUAGAAAGGCACAGGAACGGUAUUACAUUAAAAGUAAUAUUCCAAUUUUGAAACUUACAAAUCCCCUGAGAAUCUUUGUCUUUGUAUGAAAUCUGAACUCAAUUUUAAGGGUAUUGCUCCUAGAUUUGUUGAUUUUAAUAGUUCCUCCUAUCCAACAUUUGAAGACGUCCUGAGAGAAAGACCUCAGAAUAGACAUUUCAAAAGACACUAAGACAGAGACCCUUCAGGGCAUUAUGUUGUGUUCCAUCAGCUCUAACUUUCAGCUCAAUAGUGCCCAAACACCAAUGGUGCGAGGACCCUCUUGGAAUUGCUUUCUUCAUCGUCUUCUUGUUUAAAGGGAAUCACAUUUUUGAGAGCCUAAACAUGCUCCAAAACUUUGCAAACUGGUGGAAUUUUACAUCUGUUAUGUUUCAGAAUUGAGAGAGGUAAAAUGGCUCGAUAGCACCACUUAUAAAAUUUAAACAAAGCGCUCCCCAGCAACGCUUUACAUACGUGUACGAAAUUCAGUUCAUGCAUGUAAUGUCCCAUCACCUACAAUAAAAUUAUCUUGGAGCGAAGUUGUAAACACAA